AAGUUAUGAUGCACAGAUAACGACACAUGCUCGACGGCUGACGAACAAACUACCUUUAGUGCGUAUCUACCGUGUGAGAUUAUUGCGCGUUUUUUUAUGUAAUUUGUAGAUAUAUGCUGGACCGACCUGUUUCGUCAUCAAUCAAAUCGUUUGAGAAUUUGCGAAGUUUGAUGAAUCUUGAGCCCCGCCGCUUACCAUAGAAGCCGUCGAUGUAACCUGAUAACGAGAUGACAAUGACUUAACUUAUGAGUUUACCGAUUUGUGGUUGUUGGACAUUGGCAAAGUCUAUACUGCUCCUGUUGACCUUUGCUCUUCUUGACGAUGUGCGGCAUAUUCUGUUCAUUUGUUAAAGGAUCAGCUGUAUGCAAUGAGAUCAGUAAGUGUAGAUCAUCAUUGCAGAAGAGAGGCCCAGAUGUUGGAUCUACUCACCAGAUUGUAGUUAAUGAUUAUACUGCUUUUUUCUCCGGCAAUAUUCUAUGGAUACAAGGAGAACGUCCAACUUGUCAGCCAUAUGUGGACCAUAAAGGGAAUGUGUUGUUAUGGAACGGUGACGUAUACAGUUGGAAUCAAACAAUGAAUACUAGUAUCAAACAUAGUGAUACAAAAAUAAUUUCGGAUUUUCUAUGUGAUGGAGGCAAUAUGGAACUACUUAUGACCUCUGUACAUGGUCCUUAUUCUAUAAUCUAUUAUGACUAUGAACAACAAGUUUUAUGGGUCGGCAGGGAUCCAAUAGGACGUAUUAGUUUGUUAUGGAACAUUGGUGCCGACAAAUUGAUAAUCACGUCAGUUGGACACAAAAGUAUUGCAGACCUUGAAGAAGUACCUGCUAUAGGACUAUUCAGAUUUGAUAUAAACUCAUGCAAAUUUGAACCACAGUUAUUUCAGUGGUCUCACACGCGGUUUGAUUGUAAUUACAAAAUUUCAAAUGAAUUACAAUAUUUUAAACCAAGCUGUUUUCGUCAAGUUACAAACCCUGAAGAAUCUAUCUUAUACAAAAAUGAUCAGUUAAAUUUAUGUGAUCUUGUAUCACAUAAAGAAUUUUGUACAAAUGUCAGUAAUUUAAUUCAAUUCUUGACAAAGUCAGUCAAAAAAAGAACAACAAUCAUUCCAAAAGCUUGUAAAAUAUGCGAGUUCAAAUGUGAUCAUGCAAAAAUUGCCAUUUUAUUUUCAGGAGGAAUAGAUUCUGCAAUAUUAGCUUUAUUAGCUUCUAAAUAUGUUGAAUCUGACGAACCAAUAGACUUGUUAAAUGUUUCAUUUGAAAGACCUGAAAAUUCUGGUAAUUUUGAAAGUCCAGAUAGACAAACCUGUUUAACCACAUUAGAAGAAUUGAAAAGCUUAUGUCCUACUAGGCAAUGGAAUUUAAUAAAAAUAGAUGUUCCAACUGCUGAACUAAAACAAAAACGUUUCAAUACUAUACGUCAUCUAAUUUAUCCUUUACAAACUAUCUUGGAUGAUAGCCUUGGUUGUUCCUUAUGGUUUGCCUCUCGAGGACUUGGCCACUGUAAUGGCAAAUCUUAUAAAACGCCUGCACGAGUGUUAUUUUCUGGAAUCGGUGCUGAUGAACUUUUAGGUGGUUACACAAGAUAUAGAAAAAUUUUAGAACAUCAUGGUUGGCCAUCAUUAAAAGAAGAGUUUGACAAAGAUUUUGCCAAAAUACCAUCACGUAACCUUGGUCGAGAUAAUCGUGUAUGUUGUGAUCAUGGUCGUCAGUUACGAACACCAUAUUUAGAUGAAGAUUUUGUAGAAUUUGUUCGAGGACUCGCACCAUGGCAACGAUGUUGGCCCAGAGAACCAUAUCCGAACAAUGUAGGUGAAAAGUUAUUAUUACGAUUAGCAGCUUUCAAAUUGGGACUAGUAAAUGUGGCUAGUUUAACAAAACGAGCUUUACAAUUUGGAUCGAGAAUAGCCAAUAAAAAAGAAAAUGGAAAUGAUAUAAGUGAUAGAUUAUAAUUAUUAAUUUACUUAAUAGACAUUGUAUUAUUUA